AGUGGUGGUAAAUCUUGGUAGAAAGUAGUUUAUAGUUGAAAGCCGUUGGUUAUCGAACUCCAACCUCUAACAGCCACAAACAAACCAGAGAACCAAAUGGCUCUGGCUUGGGCUGCCCUGCUCCCUCCUUCUCUCAACACUUCCUCUUCCUCUUCCCCAAUUCCGACCAGACCAAAAUCCCACAUGCCAUGGAAGAUAAUCUCUUCUAAAACUAGCAAAAGCAGCAGGAGAGCAAACCUACUCAUCACCAAUUCCACACAGGACAGUGACAGUGACACUGACAAUGAAAAAGACUCCGACUCGCCGGCUUUCAAUCCCUUUGGAUUCGUUACGGAUAAUCCGUCCAGCCGCAGCGCAAUUCAGCUCCCCGAGGUUCCCGCCGAGGACGGCAAUGUUGGAGAAAUGCUCUAUAGAAUAGAAGACAAGGGUAAAGAGUAUGGCUCCUAUAUCAAAUCUGGAAAGUUGAGAUGGUUUGUGAGAGAAACUGGAUCGGCUAACAGCCGAAAAGGAACAGUUGUGUUCCUUCAUGGGGCUCCAACACAGUCCUACAGCUACAGAGUUGUUAUGUCUCAGCUGUCAGAUCUUGGGUUUCACUGCUUUGCACCUGAUUGGAUAGGAUUCGGUUUCAGUGACAAGCCGCAGCCGGGUUAUGGAUUUGAUUACACGGAGAAAGAAUUUCAUGAGGCACUUGAUAAAUUACUUGACGUUUUGGGUGUCAAAUCUCCUUUUCAUCUUGUUGUUCAGGGGUUUCUUGUAGGUUCUUAUGGAUUGACAUGGGCCUUGAAAAACCAAAGCAGAAUAUCAAAGCUUGCAAUUCUGAACACUCCAUUGACAUCUUCAUCUCCGGUUCCUGGAUUAUUCCAGCAACUAAGAAUCCCUCUUUAUGGUGAAUUCACUUGCCAGAAUGCUAUUAUGGCUGAGCGCUUUAUUGAAGCAGGUAGCCCAUAUGUUUUGAAACUGGAAAAGGCCGACGUGUACCGUUUACCAUAUUUGUCGAGCGGAGGACCUGGAUUUGCUUUGCUUGAAGCCGCGAGAAAAGCGAAUUUCAAAGACAUCUCAAGCCAAAUAGCAGCUGGUUUUGCAGCUGGGAGAUGGGAUGGACCAAUACUAGUUGCAUGGGGUAUAUCAGACAAGUAUUUGCCUCAAUCCAUUGCAGAAGAGUUUAAAAAAGGAAAUCCAAAUUCUGUCCAACUUAAGUUGAUAGAAGGUGCAGGACACAUGCCACAGGAGGACUGGCCUGAGAAAGUUGCCGAUGCACUACGAGUAUUUUUUUGAGUUCAAUGACACAUGAAUCGCGAUUCUAAUCUCAAAGUGGGCUUCAUGUUGGUAAGGUAAGAGAAGAGAAGACUUUUUGUCUAAAGAUUUACCAGAAAUUCCUGUGACUAAGAGAAAUAUCCUUUUUUAUCAAACAGACGAAUUCUCAAUGUUCAGAAGUUUCGAGGCUGUAAAAAUGAUUGCUUAUUGCACAUAAACAUAGACGAAGAGUUUCAUGCUAAGCUUUAAUCAAUUUAUGUCGAUUUUAGGAUGUUGAUGCUUGCAUCUUCUAAUCAGGUCAGUUUUGCUUCUGAAGGACACUGAGCUAACUCGGUGGAUGUUAUGCUAUCUUUCUGUAACG